GUUGAGAGUAGUACCCAUGUACACUCCCUGAUUGGCCCGGUCAGUAGGAGUGGGGGAGUUGAUAUAAAUAGCGAGCGCUUGCGCGGCAACGCCAUGUCUACGUCGACCUUCGAAUCACUUCGAAUCGUCUAGAAUCUAGAUGUUCUCCGUCUGUUUCCGUGUAACUCACUGUCUUGACUGAAGAUUAGUAUUACAACGGUAAUAUACAUAUUUAAAACAAUCCUAUAUGCGCCCCGCAUCCCAAAAGGUGAAUGCGGAAAUGAUUUCCCUGGUUGUGACUGGUUGAUUUAUUGAUGAUCACAAUUAACUGCGGUCUAGUGAGAGGGCGUAACCUCGCGGGACCUUGCUACGGAUGCUCGAUGGGGACAUCUGCUAAAUCUCUGUGUCGGCGUCAAAGAUCUUUAUGUAUUGGUCGGCGUUCCCACUGCAUCAGCUCCGAUAUACACCAUCCGCAUAUUCGGCCUACUCUCAACGAUCAACGCUUUCAACGAUGUCACGCGAGUUCGUAAGGCACCCUGCCUGCGUCAAAAAAAAAAGGAUCAGCUAGCUCUCUUCGUGGCCCCCUACAAAGUCAUUGAUGAACUUAAAUUAAAGAUUGGUCGAACUCUUACAUUUUUUCCUAAUCUUGCACAACAACUAUGGAUAGAGAUGCUGUCAGUAGGUCCUCUGCAAAGAGUCUAAGAACUAUGUUGGAUAUCCACGACGAAACGUUAGAGAAAGAAACAAUCUUUUGUACAUCGGACAACUUGGCCAAUGCUCUGUUGACAUUGUCAGAGGAACUUGAAUCUUUUGGUCUUCUUGCUUCAACACUCAACUUCAAUGACUCAUUAUCGAUGAAAUCUGUGAAAUACACUCUGAUCAAAUUAAUAAAUGCUACUUGGGGUUUGGCUCACAAGCAUAGAGUACUGAUCAAAGUAAAUGAUCAGGCUAGUGAUGUGCAACAUAGAACUGCUAAUGAUAAUUCUAGUCUCAUUAAUCAUGUGAAGCGUCUGAAAGAUGAAUUAGAGAAGAAACAGCAUCAACUCGAUGAAUCUCAAGAAAAAGAGAGAAGACUGAAAGUAAAAUUUGAAGUGCUAUCUCGAGAGCUCAAACGCGAAAAAGACGAGGUUGCAAAGCUGCGUAAACAGUUACAGUCUAAAGACAUCCAACAUACUCAUGAAGUCAAACGGCUCCAACAAAAUAGUCACAAACUUCGCGAUCAACUGCAGAAAUCUGUUGGGACGUAUGUGCCAAGAGAUAAGGCGUUUCAAAAUAUACAGAUUGAGCACGAGCGGCAACUGAGUAUGUACAAACAGACGAUCCACCGUCUCGAAGAAAACAACAGAAAACUUUUGCUGGACAAUAAUGAUCUGAGAGAUGAACUGAGUCUUCACUCCAAUGCAAUUGAUCUACAGGCUGAGGCUUCGGGAAUUUGGAAUGAUGCUGGCAUCUAGAACUUCAAAUGUGGGUCUCAUAUAAUAUAACCCACAACGAAGUUCGGCCGCAAACUCCGACCGUAAGCUUCACAAGGACUGAAUACUGGUAUCAAAAGUCGACCAAAUCUCAUAUUCUCCAUAUUCUAGCUUUUCCUUAACAUUCGAUUUACUAGGUAUAUGUUACUAUUAUAAAUUAAUUUUUCCGUAGCUUAAUUUUUGUCACAUAGUAUAUAAUCUAAUAUCCCAUUUUUGACACAGGAAAAAUGCGAAUUGUACAUUCAGUAGGACGUAAAAUAAUGAUCGUGAGCAAAUUGUAAUAUUGAAUUGAUGUUCAUAUGUAUAUAAUCUAUUGUCUCUUAAAUGAGCUAACCUUAUGUGAAGAAAAUCAAAGUUGAUGCUUAAAAAACUAAUCUAGUGUUAUGCGUGAUCGUUAAAAUCGUAGUCUAGAUUUCGGAUGAUGUCUGGAGAAAAAAAGACCAUCCGAUAAUCACCCGCGUUCUCUGUCUUGUAAUUAAGCUGGUCAUAAACAGUUCGACGUCCAUAUAUUGACUAGUCAAUUGAUCUUAUAAGUUUAUCCUAAUAUUGGCUAUAAAAUAGUUGUGAUUUGUCAUAAACUUAAUAAUUUAGUAUAUUGUCCUGGAGUUCGUCACGUUUUGACUGUUUUUGCUAUAUUUUGGCUUGUUUUUGCCUUCGAUUGCAGUAGUCCAGUAAACGAGUUUGAUAUUAUUAGAAUACAGUAUCCCCUACAAAGAUUAACGAUCUAAUCAUCUCCUUUAGAUAAUAAUGUAAAUCUAAAAUAAGUUUGAACCUAAUUUACACACCAAAUAUAGGAUUACUAGUAAAUUUGCAAUUGACUAAAAAUUAUAAUUAAAGGUAUCCUUGAACCUGCAAAA